UGGAAUCUACCUUUGCUCAACCUGUUCUUGUAGUAUUUUCAUGGCUUUGCUUCUUAUAAUUAUUAUUCAGUCAACCAAAAAAUUCAAAUAAGCAAGAGAGCGUUAAAUAGUAUAAGGCUCUGUUUUUUGUAGUUGUCUGCAACAUGGCUCUGUCAAUGUUGUCACACCUACGUAUCUGGUUGGACAGGUAUACCCGGAUCCCAGAUGGAGGGUGGAGUAAGAGAGGGAAAUGCAGUUGAAGCCGGACACGAAAGUGCUGCUCUCUUAAGAAAACAGUGAUUCUCCACGGUAUUGUCUACAAUAAAGGAGAAACUGAGAGAAAAAGAGAGUGGGAAGAGACUACACCAGUGAACUGUACAGCUCCUUACUUUCAACUCAGUUUCUGUUCCUUGCAGGAUGAAGGCUGUCUGGGCAUUGGUUUUUCUGGCAGUGUGUGCGGUGCUGGUUGUAGCCUUUCAGGCUAUACAUCAGGAAGUUAACAUUCGCACAAUGAGAAAUCAAAUUUCUUUGAGCCUUGAAGAAGUGAAGACAAAGGAAGAUGAGGUCCUGGUUUCUAAAGUGGCAAUGCAGAAACUUAGCAGUCAGCUGGCUACACUGGACAAACAGAAAAAUCAACUGUCAAAGAAAAUGGAAGAUCUGGUCAAACAGAAAGAAACUUCUGCGGAAAACCUGGAAACCUGCCGAACACGGAAGACAGAGGUCACGCAGGAGAAAUCAGAUAGGACUUCAGCAAUCGAUGUAUUAAGAAAAAAUCAGAACAGUGAGAUACAGAAACUGCAGGAGGAACUUAACAGUUGGCAGAAACAGGUUCUUGACAGAGAUACAAAAAUCUGUUUAUACGUGAAUAAAGAUCUGGAGGAGGGGAGGAAAUUAUGUGCGGAAAUUAAUGCUGGAAGUAAAGUAUAAACGGGAUAAAAAGUUGAACCACGAAAAAAGGAAAACCACGAGCCGUAUGGGUUUGAUUCAUCACUUGCACUGUAAUAAUGAUGGAUUAUUUGUCCACCUUCUUCGAGACUAGAAUACUCCUGUGUGUUUUAGUGUGGAUAACAGCUUUCAAUUUGUACACGUGGAGUCUUCGUGGUUAAUUGCCUGAUUAAAUGCAUUGUGACAUUGUGAAUUUUUUUUUUUACACCCAAAAGAAUGAACUCUUACCAAUUGUGGAUAGACAGUUCAAACAAGAAGUGUAAGUAAUACAGCUCAUAAAGACCAAGUAAUUCCAGUUUCUGGAAUUCCAGGUUAAAUGUGCCAGUCAUCGCUCGUUUACAUACAAACACACCUACAAUUAUCAAUAGAUUAUGAGUGAACGUCUGCUUGAAAAAAAAAAUCACAUUUAAACAAAGUUUAGUUAAAAAAAAGUUUAGUUUCAUUGAAGUUAUUUAUAAAUGAUGUGUCCUGGCAUGUUUUGGUAGGUGGGAAAAAUAGGGUAGGUGGGUAGGGUUUAGGUGGGAAAUUAUGUAUCUAGAAAUGUUUUAGUGUCUGGAUUAUCAAUUAUAAGUCAUAUAGAUUGACUGUUAAACAAAUAAAAAUGUAUAUUCAUAAUAUAUAGGAUAAUUGUUUGUUGACAUAAGUAUAAGCCUCACCCUGAAAAGAUAAAUUAGCCUGCGAAUGAAUGUGUACAUGGUGCCCUUGGGGCUAGAGACCCGCCCAGCCAUACUCUUGCUUCACACCCUAUGUUCCCAGGAUAUAAUCUGAAUUCACUGUGACAAAGUGGUUACUGAAGAUAAAUUAAUUACUAAACAUUUAUACAAAAUAUUUUAAUGUUUAUAUAGUCCAUGUUCCCUGUGCUAUCUGUAGGAUGACAAGAUCAUAUACUGUAAUAUCAUAUCAUAUCAUAUAGUAUAAUGACUAUGAAUUGGAUGUUUAGUAGGCUAAUAACUUACCUAAGAUUUAGCACAUGUUAUGGUAAUUUGUCUUCAGUCUUAUUUAUAAGAUUUAUUGUUUCACAUUUGGUUUUAUAAAUGUAGACUAGAAGGUAGUGCAAACAGGUUGCUUGGAUUUUUGUGUCUGUGUCUAAGAAUAGGUGGGAGUGACCAUAAUUUCAGGAGCAUUAAUUACCUACAUAUAUACCAAUAUAUAUACGCUUCACUGCUGAAAGUAGCCGUGGCAGAAUUUCUUAAAUCAAGAUUUUUAAAACUAAAAUAGUUAGAUUUAUAUUCUUUCUGCUAUAGAUAGAUUUCAAUUCUGUUGAAUUCAACAUGAAAGGUUGUUUUAUAGGCUCCUCUCCUCACCCACCAACCUCUCUGUAACUGCCCUUCAGCUAAAGCUCCACUGACCCACUACUGUCAAACAGGUUUCAAAAGAAAUGUUGUCUGUUAAUUUACUCAACCUCAAAAUGCAAUACUUUCAUAUUCUGAGAUACUGGAUUUUAGUUGUUGAUGAGCUGUAGGUUGUAAUGAUAGAAAAUAAAACAAAGCCCAAAAGGGUUGAAAUAUUUAUCUUCAUUUGUAAUGAAUCUAGAAUAUGGUAGUUGCACUCUUUUAAUAAAAUUGUAAAAGAAAGUGUUUCCAUGAUGAUUUUUUUUUAGAUGUUCUGUAUACCUGUCCAGUUUGGGUGAGUCUGUGCCCACAACAGUGUUAGAUUCUUGUUCCCGUCUGACAUGACUUGAACUCUGGAGUUACUUAUGCACAGUAUGUCAAUAAAAUAUAAUAUCUGUCAA